AUGCACGAUAUCGGCAGCGAGGAGGUCCUCAGACACUUGGAGCACGAGAAUCGAUAUUCCGCCACGUACUUGAGGCCGCUCCAUCGACGCGCGAGCGAGCUGUUCCGCCUCAUGGUGGACCGCCAGCCGGAGGAGGAGGGAGGCGAUAGCCGCAGCGUCCCCGAGCGUCUGGGGGACUUCCUGUACUACACGAGGAGGGACGACGGGAAAGGGUUUCCCAUAUACGUCAGACGUCCGGUGGAAGGCACGCUGGACGACGAACAAGUGGUGUUUGACCUGAACGAGGUCGAAGAGCGGGGUCUAGGCGACAUCGGGUGCGGUGAUCGUGGCGGUGGCGGCGACAGCCGGAACGAAGAGGGUACCUCCUCCUACUGCGGCGGAGAGGAAGAUGAAGAAGAGCUCGGUACCGCGUCUUCGACGCCCGCCUUGGGCGCCAUGAAGCUCUCGCCCGACCAGCGGAUGCUCGCGUGCACCCUUGACAUGGACGGGAGCGAUCGCUUCGUGCUCGCGGUGUUCGACCUCCUGGGAGGGGGUAGGAGAGAAGACGGCGACGGUGGCAAGCGGCAAGGACCGACCGUGGCCCUGCUGAGGGAGGACGCCAUGUGGGACGAUGUUAUCGGGGUGGAGUGGGGAUCGACCUGGUCACCUCAAGACCUUGCGAGAGACGGCGGCGGCGGCGGCGAUGGCGCCGGCAGUGGCGAGGGUGGUCUCAAGGAGUGCUCUCUUGAGUAUGAGCUGUUCUACACGGUGCCCGACCAUCUGCGGAGACCUUGGCAGGUCCGUCGCGUCGUCAUACAUCGAAGGACGAGCUCAGCUGAGUCAGCAGGCCGUACCGACGACGCUUGCGGUGGCGGGGGCACGGGGGAAGGCUGGAGGGUGGAAUCCGCUAGCGACCGCGCCGUGUUCGAAGAGAAGAACGAUGCCUUCUUCGUGGACGUCGGAAAGACCAAGGACCACUCAUUCGUUGUCAUCAACGUACACUCCAAGACUACCUCUGAGGUCUACCUACUACCGGGCUCGACGUCGCCCAAAGUCGGGAGUGGGGGUGCCGCCGGAGUCGAGGGGAAGGCGGCGACGGCGGCAGCUGAUGCCGCGGCCGCCGCCGCCGCCGCUUCUCAUGAGCACGAGUGCGCUGGUCCCACGCUGCUCAGGAGAAGGCGCCAGGGCGUGGAGUACUACGUGGACCACUCUGGCGACGCCUUUUACAUCGUUACCAACUCCCCACCGUCGAAAAACGGUGGUGUUGGAGAUAGACACGGGCAAAGCGUCGCCGACGUUCCGUGGGAGGCGGUGCCGUGCGGAAGGCAUCCCGGCACGGUCCAAGAGAUGGACCUCUUCAGGGACUAUUGCGUCCUGUACGAGACUUGCCCCGCGUCCGGCUGCCCGCGCCUGCGGGUGGUCCCCCUCGCCCACUCAUCCCCCGCCCCCGCAGCAGGCGGCGACGGGAGGGUCCCGUCGCCGUUCGUCGUAUCCCCGCCUAACGCUGGCGGACGUUGCGGCGACAGCGUUGGUGAUAGCGCUGGUGAUAAUAAAAGCGUUAGCGAUAGUGCUAGUGAUGGCGGCAGCCUUAGCGCAAGCGGUCCCGUAGAGCAGGGAGAGCCUGCCGCUAGUGCAGCAGCGGGGGCAGCGACGGCGUCGAGCGCCGCGUGUACCCUCAGGCCGGGGGUGAACUCGUGGUUCGAAGCUCGAACCGCGCGAUUCUCGCUCUCGUCGCCCACAGCGCCGGAGGACGUGUACGACGUGUGCUUGGAGUCCGGCAGGGUGGAGCUGCUGAGGCGGACAGAGGUGCCGGGUAGCCCUCGCUUCGACGGUCGGGACUACAUGUAG